AUGGCUUCCGGAAAGACCUGGAAGUUAAAACGAUAUGGGCGUUUCGUCCCGCGCUCUACAGAAACAGUAGGGAAGCCUUGGAAGAUUUUUGAAGAAAAGGGUAAUAAACCUGAAGUUGUCCUCACCGUAUUGGAAUCUGGAUGCUUACUGAUAGUGCAAGGACAAGAAAGCUUGGAUACAGUCCCUUUGCUCUUAAAUUCUUUGAACGUGCAACAGAAGUCUGAUAACCUGAUGCUCCGGUUUACAGUGAAGGGAGAAACCCGCAUGAUAAGGAUGCAGUUUGAUGGAAGUAGCAGGGCAGAGGCCAUAAAUGAGUGUUUGAGUGCUGCAGAAAAACUGAGGGAGUAUGUUCCUGUCACCACUCUGGAUGAUGCCUCAACCCACCCAAAUCAGCCCCCCGCUGAGAUCCCUCCACCUGUCACGCAGCAAAAGACUGCAGGGACUGAGCCUGAGGUUGUCCAAGGGUCUGUGUCUAUCAAGAGUCUUGCUCAGCACUUCUUAGGAGAGAACACCCUGGUUCUCCCUCAAAUAUAUCAUGACAGCUCCUUGGCAGAAGGUGAUUUGGAGGCUAUCCUCCGUGCCUGUCUGAUGGAUCCCAGCUUCCAUGCGUUUGUUGAAAAGAUAGAGGGGGAGCUAAGGAAACUGCUCGAAGAGUGA